AUGUACCCCUUCUUAGAGACACUAUUUCUUAGCCUGCCACAUACAGCAGAUAAACUGAUUCCUAACAAAGCAAGGGACAGUCGUCCAAGUACAAGACAUGUUUCUGUAAAACCAGCAAAUUUUGAGACGUUUCACAUGAUGUUCAUUGAGGAAGUCAUGGAGCUUGUGGAGCUGAAGCCAUUGAGGCAUGCACUCGUUGGGUUGCCUGGUGUGAAUGGUCUCUCUACCGAGCAGCGCAAGAGGCUCACUAUUGGAGUUGAGCUUGUGGCAAACCCCUCCAUAAUAUUCAUGGAUGAGCCAACUUCGGGUCUAGAUGCAAGAGCUGCUGCUAUUGUUAUGAGAACAGUGAGGAACACAGUGGACACAGGAAGAACAGUUGUGUGCACCAUCCAUCAGCCAAGCAUCGACAUAUUUGAAGCUUUUGAUGAGCUUUUCCUAAUGAAGCGUGGAGGACAGGAGAUAUAUGUUGGGCCAUUGGGUCGCCACUCUUCCCAUCUUAUCAAGUAUUUCGAGAGCAUUGAAGGAAUCAGAAAAAUUAAAGAUGGCUAUAAUCCAGCAACUUGGAUGUUGGAAGUUACAACUUCUGGGGAUGAAAUGGCUUUGGGUGUUGAUUUUACUACUGUGUAUCAGAACUCAGAGCUAUACAGGAGGAACAAAGCAAUGAUUAGAGAGUUGAGCAAGCCUGCUCCUGGUUCAAAGGAACUUUAUUUCGCAACUAAAUAUUCAGAGUCAUUUUUCACUCAAUGCGUAGCUUGCCUAUGGAAACUACGAUGGUCCUAUUGGCGCAACCCACCGUACACUGCUGUAAGAUUUGUCUUCACAAUUGUCAUAGCCCUCACAUUUGGGACAAUGUUCUGGGACCUUGGCUCCAAGAUCAAGAAGCAACAAGAUUUGUUUAAUGCGAUGGGAUCCAUGUAUGCAGCUGUUCUCUUCCUGGGCUAUUCAAAUUGCACAUCAGUACAGCCUGUUGUGGCUGUUGAACGAGCUGUGUUCUAUAGGGAAAGAGCUGCUGGAAUGUAUUCAGCCUUGCCAUAUGCAUUUGCACAGGUUGCAAUUGAGCUCCCAUAUGUCUUUGCACAAGCUGCGUUCUAUGGCAUCAUAGUUUAUGCUAUGAUUGGAUUUGAAUGGACCGUUGCCAAAUUCUUUUGGUAUCUAUUUUUCAUGUACUUCACAUUGCUCUACUUCACCUUUUACGGCAUGAUGACUGUGGCUUUGACACCAAACCACCAUAUUGCCGCCAUAAUAGCCGCUGCAUUUUUUGGAUUAUGGAAUCUAUUUUCAGGAUUCAUAGUCCCAAGACCCAGGAUUCCUGUGUGGUGGAGAUGGUACAACUGGGCAUGCCCUGUUGCUUGGACCUUGUAUGGGUUGGUUGUUUCACAAUUUGGAGAUAUAAAGGACGUGCUUGAGGACACUGGUGGCACGGUGGAAGAUUUUCUGAAAGACUAUUUCGGAUUCAAACAUGAUUUUCUAGGAGUGGUGGCUAUUGUGACCGUCGCCUGGCCUGUUCUCUUUUCAUUUAUCUUUGCCUUUUCCAUCAAGGUCUUUAAUUUUCAAAGGCGAUAGAAAAUUCAUUUCAUUAUUACAAAUGAAAUGGAUAAUAUCUACUUUAUGGUCAGUUGGUAUAAAAUAGCCAUAGAAAAAAUGCCUUGUCCCUAGGCUUCUUAAUAUAUAUUUCUCUAUAGGUUUAGCCCCAAGCUUUGUUUUUGGUCAAUGGAUCUUUAUGU